AGGCUGGUCUUGAACUCAUAGUGACCCUCCUGCCUCAGCCUCCUGAGUGCUGGGAUUACAGGAGUGCACCACAGCCAGCUUCUAGCUGAUUCUUACAGCACCCUCCACAGCAGGUCUACUGGGACUCCCUUUACAGGAACUGGAAAAGCACAGAGAGGGAGAUGACUCGCUGAAGGCCACACAGCUUUCGAGAGUCGAAGAGCUGUGUGUGUUUUACUCCAGCAGUGAAAACAGCCAGUGGCAGAGCGCCAGGCUAGAACACACAGACCAUGGGCCACGGGCCGGCCUUCUCUGCUUGCUACCUGGCGGGGCGGGGCGGGCAGUGUCUCAACUUCCUCCCACUCCUUCCUGCUGCCCCCUCUCCAGCAGGAGCUCUGGGCAGUGACAGUUGCGGAGCUCAAGGGUGGACUGGGGCUUCAGGGCCGGGCAGGGCGGGGCGGGGUCUGCACCUGGGUCCUGGCCCCCUAGUGCUUGGCCCUCAGCCGGUUAGCUGAGGAAGCCGCACUGUGAUUCACUGUACAGGGCGGGACUGGGACAGCUGCGACCGCCACUGAGGUUGGUGAGUCACAGAGCCCAGGCCUGCUCAGGGCCCGGUGUUGCUGCCGCCGAUGCCGCUGCUGCUCAGAUCUGGGGACGUGACCUUUUGGCCAGUGCAGGGUUUGUGGUUUGACAACUCAGCUUUUUUUUGGUUUUGUUUUGUUUUUGUGGUGCUGGGGAUUGAACCCAGGGACGCUUUGCCACUGAGCUACACACUCAGCACUUUUUUUUUUUUUUGAGACAAAGUCUUGAUAUGUAGCCUAGGCUGGCCUUAAAUCCAGAGACUGUCCUGCCUCAGCCUCCCCAGUAGCUGGGAUUACAGGUGUGCACCAUUUGUGGCUGGAAACUCAGCUACCUUCUGCUUACCUGAGUCAUCUUAGGCACCUGAGGUGCGGAUGGAGAACUACUCUCUCAACUACGAGGUCGAGUAUGGGGACUACGGGGACCUUCCUGAUGUCCCCGUGGACUGCUCAAGUGGCGCCUGCCGGGCCAUGGACACCCUCCGUGUGGCCCCGCUGCUGCUGUAUGCUGCCAUCUUCCUGGUGGGGGUGCCUGGCAACAUCAUGGUGGUCUGGGUGUCCAGGAAGUGGGCUGGCCACAGGCUCGGGGCCGCCUGGCUCCUGCACCUGGCAGUGGCCGACCUGCUGUGCUGUCUGUCGAUGCUGCUCCUAGCGGUGCCCCUGGCGCGCCGUGGCCACUGGCCAUUCGGGGAGCUGGGCUGUCGCCUGCUGCCUGCGGCUGUGCUGCUGUCCAUGUUUGCCCGUGUGCUGCUCCUGGCAGCUCUCAGCACCGACCUCUGUCUGCUGGCGCUCGGGUGGGCCGGCUGGGCCGGGGCGGCACGGGCUCGCAGGGCGUGGAUGGCCCGGGGGGUGGCCUGGACAGCGGCCCUGCUGCUCACGGUGCCCUCGGCCCUGCACCGCCGCCUGCACCAGGAGCAUUUCCCAUCCCGGCUCGUGUGUGGCGUGGACUAUGGUGGCUCAGCCACCAUGGAGGGCACGGUGACCGCUGUGCAGUUCAUCUGCGGCUUCCUGGGGCCGCUGGUGGUCGUGGUCGGCUGCCACAGCAUCCUGCUGCGCAAAGCGGCCUCACGUCGCUGGCCGCUAGGCACGGCCGUCGUGGUGAGCUUCUUUGUGUGCUGGGCCCCCUACCACCUGCUGGGGCUGGUGCUGGCUGCAGCAGCCCCAAACUCAGUGCUCCUGGCCCGGGCCCUGCGGGCUGAGCCCUGGGUCGUGGGCCUGGCCCUUGCUCACAGCUGCCUCAACCCCUUCCUCUUCCUGUAUUUUGGGCGGGCUCAACUCCGCCAGUCACUGCCCGCUGCGUGUCACUGGGCCCUGCGGGAGUCCCAGGACCAGGAGGACAGUGUGGUCAGCAGGAUGUCCACCGGCCAGGAACUGAUGGAAGUGUAGACAAGGAAGACCCUGGCUGGUAACCUCCUAGCCCAUCUUCAGGUAGAGCUGGAUCCAGGGGGUCAAUGAUGUCUUCAUUUCAUUUAUUCAUUCAACAAACAUUCAUUAUGUGGUAGCUGUGUGCAAGGCCCUGGCAGAGGCACUGCUGUAGCAGUGAGCAGGACAGAUACAGGGACUGACAUUCUGCUGGGGGAAAAUGGACAAGAAGCCAACAAAGGAGGGCAGACUGAGUCAAGGGUGAUAAAGGCUACAAUACCUAAAGGGGACAGAGAGGCCUGGGUAGGCCUGGCAAGACCUUCAGAUAAGGCGAAAGUUGAGCCAAAUCCUGAAGAAGAAAGAAAGGAGUCAUGCUUAUAUCUGGGGCAAAGUUGUUCCAAACAGUGGGACUAGCAUGUGCAAAGGCCCUGGGGCAGGCUAGGUGUAGCCCUGGCCUAGAGCUCUUGCCUAGCAUGUCCCCUGAAAUACUGAAGAUAAACUUAUAUUUAACCAUUGUAUACUGUCUACAUGAAACUUAAAUUUACUGAGCAUCGUUUUUUUUUUUUCUAAACUAGGCAACCCAAUUUUGAGAAAAGUUAUGUCGAUCUGCCUUAAAUUCCAAUAAAAUCCUUUGCUUGCUGAA